UGAUUAAGUCUGUGUGUGUGUCGCUCACACGCGCUCGGAGCUCUCGCCCAGCGGAGCACGCGGAACGGUUCUGGACUGCAGUUCUGAGCAGUUUCAUGAACAGUGAGGAAACCCAUCCAGGCGAAAGUGUCCAGCUGAAUCGUAUGAGCUGUUGCCGGAAUGUGUGAAAUCUGAUGGAUGUUUUUUUACUCAGUCCCGGAUCAGACUGCCCAAACAUUUGACAAACCCAAUCCCACCAACAUCCAGAAAAACACUGCAAUUACAGUCGUUUAUUCCUGCCACUCCACCCUCUGCAUCCCACUGUCUUUCCUCCACCAUGCCGAAAGAGGAGUGCAAAGUGCCUCCGGGCUGUAAGCAGCACAAGGAGCGGAAGCCCAAGAAGCCGCAUUACAUCCCGCGUCCCUUUGGCAAGCCGUACAACUACAAAUGCUUCCAGUGUCCAUUUACCUGCAUGGAGAAGUCACACCUGUACAACCACAUGAAGUACAGCCUGUGCAAAAACUCCCUUUCUCUGCUUAUAGAGUCCGACUGGCCUUAUAAGAAAGGCAACCUGCUCCAUUCAGAGCACCUGCGGCUCCAGCAGGGGGCGCUGAACUCUCGUAACAGUCCGGCUAAGGAGACGCCAGAAGGGGACACUGUGGCAGAAGAUGCUUCCAUCCAAGCUCAAAACCUGGACCUCAGCUUCAACGAAGCUGAAGAGACGGAGAUGGAAGAGCGGGGCGGCGAGGGAGGAGGGGGCCAAUCGGAGGCCGCGGAGACAAGCGUCAACGGUGCGACCAACGAUAGUCCGAAGCAGGAGGCGGAGCUUGUGAUGGCUGAUGUGUUUUCAUUGGAGGAGCAGCUGCUCAGAGCGCGGUCAGUAGAAGUGGAGGCCAAACUGCGCCAUUACCGACUUUCCAAAACGUGCCUGUCCGGCCCAGCCGCACUUCUGUCCGAACAGUUCCGCCUCCUUAGCAACCAGACGGCCAGUGCCAAGCCGAAGUCGGACACUCUGGCCGCUGGGUCGCUCCCCUGUUACCCUCCCCCUUUGACCACGGGUCAUGUUGACUGCUCCGAAGCCCCCGGCCUUAAUCUCUCACUGCUGGGGGUGGGAUACCCUUUGACCUCUGUCACCCCUGGACUCUUUUCCUACCUUAACCCUGCCCUCAGCGCCGCCAACACAGCCACCGUCACCACAGCGACCGGCCCGGCUCAGAUCGGACCCCUGCCCUUCCUGGCGUCGGCGGCCCAGCUCACGCACACUCACACACACUCGGACCGCACGCUGCUGACCUCUCCGAGACUCUACUACCCCUUCCUCUGCGAGCACACCUUCGGAGAUCAAGCUAAACCGAUGAAGUCCAGCGUGUCUCUAGACACACCUGCCCCCACAUACUCACCCAAACUCAACAUGUGGAAGGUUCCAGCACUGAGACCCUCAAACCCGCAGACCUCAAACUCAGCCUGGACUUCUCCUGGCCGCUCGUCCACAGACAGGCUGCCGGGCCGCGAUGCUAAAGAGCAGGGAGCCAAGAGAGCAGCGGCUGCUGUGGACUCCCACAAUGCACCAGUCGAGAAGAAAACACUGCUUUCCUUUCCACUGGACCGGGCCACGCCCACUGCCACCAUUACAGCCGACCGACUUCUCCUGCACAGCAGUCUGCACUCUCAGGCUGGGCUGGACGAGCGCUUCUCCGUCAGCCCCUCCAGCCCUGGCUCCUCCCCCCUCCAUGGCUUGGAGAGAGCGAGGGAGCAGGGCGAGGAGAAGGAGCGAGGGACGAACAGAGGGAUGGAGAGCUGUGCGGCCGCUCUGCUGCGUGAUCUCUCCUCGGCGCUGCAGGAGUACCACCAUGCGGAGCGUCAGGCCGCCCUGCAACCUGAACAGCGCCACCUGUGGGCCCACCUGGGUAAAAUACGCUCUGAGCUCUCCCACAUCCAGCAGGCGCUGGAGCGGACGGCCCGCCAGAGUGACGGACCCUUAGACCUGUCUGUUAAGAAGGAUGCGGUUGCCAUGACAAUCGGGGUGGAAGGCAUUAGGCAGCCGGGCAUCCUGGGAGACAGGAAGGAAGCGAAAGAGGAGACGUGGUGCUCGGAGACAGACGAGGAAGAGGAAGACAGGGAUGAGGGAGAGAUGGAUGAAGAAGGCAAUGAAAUGAAAGAGAGGCGCAAGCGUUCCCUGGACGUUCUGAUCAAGCUGAACCAGUCGGCAAUCUCCAUGGUGAAGCCGGGUGCUCCCCUAGUGAAGCCGGGCAUUUCCAUGGUCAAGUCUGAGGUUCUGCCUGGAGUCGGAGGAGGUCUGGCACUGAGGGCAGCCGAGGCAGAAGCUUUAUGGCACAGCAGAACCACAAAGUGUGAAGCAGAUUCCAGCGUGCUGCUGUGCUCGAAAACCCCAAACCGCCCAUCAUCCAUCCAGCACCUGGACCCUGUGUGCCCCCCCAGUCCACUGACGGCCACCGAUGCCUAACUGCUCCUGCUCUGACCACUUAGCUGCCACUUAUGAGUGGAAAAAGAGCCUAUGCUUAAAUAAGACUACUGCGACUGUAGUGAGGUUCUCCUGAACACAAUAAAAGUAUUUGCGUCAAUCCAUGUGAAACCACUGAAGGUCACCCGACUGACCAUCUCAGGUUUGCUUAAUAUUUCACAGAUGAAUAUAUUGUGACAAAAAAGUCUCCAAAAUGGAAACUUUAGGAGAAGGGAAAACAUUUCUUAACUUUGAAUGGAAGUUUGUGGAACAAAAUUUUCUUUAGGUUGUAUAUUUUGGUAAAUUCUUCAUGAGAUUUUAAAAUUCUGUUAAAAAAAAAAGACGGAAUUGGUGGUACACAGCGUUGUUCUGAUAGCAGAAAUACAAUACUGCUUAAUAUUUUAUAUAUGUUAGAAUAUAUAACUGCUACUGUGCAUGAAACAUUUGUGCAAAAUUUUAAAUAUUGAUUGUGGCCUUAAAAUCAGUGCUAUUGAAAAAAGUACAAACAUCAUAACUUUUGAAACAUUGAUGCUACAUGCAUAAAAUUUUUUCAGGACUUAUUCUCUGGUUUAAGCUAUUUCAUUUAGAUUUUACUACCAAAAUUUGAUGAUAUAGAGAAAGAUGUUUACCAUUUUAUGUUGUGUUGAAUAUCUGGGAAAAAAGGUUAAUUUUAAAGUUAAAAAAGGUUUAUUUUAACCUUGUUGAUCUUGACAAUGAAGCACAAUAAAUCUUUAAAAUUGUGGCAUUCUUCACAUCACAGUACUCUUUUUCCUAAUUUUUACCAGUGGUAUUAGAUGUACAGUUAUGAAGAUUUUUGAUUUAGGGAAACAAAUUCUGCUUAAUUGACUAAAAUUAGUAUAUCAGAGCACAUUUCAAUGAACAAGAUGUAGCAAAUGUAGCACAUGGAAAAUGAAGUUGGUAUCAUAAGCCAAACUAUAUUUUUAAAUGGUCAAAUACACAUUUUACAGCACACAUAUAUUUAAAAGAAACAGGAACUACAUAUAUAAGUGCAAAAUUUUUUUAAUAUAGAUUUUUAGAAAAUAACGAACCAAUUUAUAUUUAAACACACCUUAAUCCAAAGAACAAUCCCUGGACAUUCCAUGCAUUUGGCACCAAAUGUUCAAAAAUGAUAACAUCAAAUAUUGCACCCUCUUCCACAGCACUGAUUUUAAGGCAAAAUUGAAGGAAACAUCCACAUUUUAAACCCCUAAAAUCUCAGAAGAAGAAUAAUAAAGAUACAAACCUAACACUUUGCACAGUUUCUUGGGCGUCAUGACUUCCUGAAAAUAUUAAGCAAAUGCAAGAUGACCAGAUGGUCAAAUAAAAAAAAUCUAAAAUCGGAUAAUUUGGGUAGAUUUGUCUUAUUGGAAUUUAUAAACAUUUGAUAGUUACAGUCUUACCAGUUUUCUGAAGAGUCUGUGUCCAUGUCCACUGCUGAUGACCUCCUGACCUACACCCCCCCCCCCAUGCUGUCCAUUACUGAUGACUAAAACAGAACUGAACAGAACUUUUAACUUUAUUCAGAAUCUGAGAGAAACAGACUUCUGAUGGAGUUCUAGCAGAGAGGGAGCGAGAGACCAUGAACUCCAACCACGACCAUACUGUAUACCAAAGGAGAACCUCCCAACCACAGGCAGGACGAGGGAAAUCAGUCUGUUCAACAUAUCCAACCUCCAACAGACCACAGGCAAAGAAACAGAAACCCAGUAGAGCUGACUGCCAUCGGCCAUCCGUUUAUUACAGAUGACAUGGAAAUAAGAAACUUUAAAAAGAUGUUUAAAAUGCAUCACUUCUGGCUUCGUUGGUGACAUUAUUUACAUUGUUGUAUCAGCAUGUUACCGUCUUCCUCACAAAUACGUCUCUCAGUAACACAGAUCUAAUGAAACAACUGCAAAAACAGCAAAAGGCGAGAAUUCAGGACGCCAAAGCCAAGCGCCUUACAGAUGAGACAUCAGAGGGAAGGUUUCCUCUCAGGCCGUCCACACGUGUCCAGAUAUUUUUGAAAAUGUAAUUCAGAAUCAGAAUCAAGCUUUAUUAUAUAUUUAUUUAUAAUCCAGCGAGGCUUACACAUACAUGGAAUUUGGUACUGGUUACAGGAGCUCACAGGCCUCCCUGUGAGGAUCCUGACCUCCCUGCCACACAGACAGGGCGCUUUCCUUCAUGCUUUCAAGGGAUUUUUGAAAUCCUUCUUGUCCAUGUGGCUGAGCAGCUUUUGUGCAUGUUCAUAGCAGUUUACUGACCACACAGAAAUCUGUCUGGUGACUGGGCUGCGUCUGUCUGCUCUGCGGUUUAGAGACUAAUUGGGAGUUGAUAAGCUGUUUAUAAUUGAAUUUGGCUUUAAUUUUCACCAAUCUGUAGUGGCAUCACAGCGUAAUGUUCUUGUAAAUGUGGCAAAUAUUAAAAAUACCUCAUUCCUGAUUCUACAGAAAUAUGACUGGGUGAUUCCCAUUAAAUCAUAACUCCAUAAUUCAAAUGGGAAGAAUAACAAGAAAAGCUCAGCUUCUCUGCCUGAUCAGGACAGCGUGGACGCUUCAGAGAUGGUAGUUUAGCCGCGCCGAUAGUGGUAGGUCUUCUUCUGCUUAUUUCAGCUUUUAUUUUCUGGCAGAGUGUGAGCAUUAAAUCCGUGUGAAACAGAAUUAUGGACAUCUGAAGCCAUGCAGAUCACAGCCUACUGUUUUUGUAACAUGUGGCCUUUAGGAAUAUCAAAUGUUAUAGGGUGUUGUCGCCCCCUACUGGGCUGGCGUGCUCGCGCAAGCGUUUUUGAGUUGGUUCUCGCAUGAAAGGAGAGAUUUCCGAAAGCACUGCCGGUGCCAUAUUCUGAAAACGCAAGCACAUUUUAAAAAAUGUUCAGCUACAUGUGGGCGAGGCCUCAGUCAUCAAUGUGACUGCUUUAAAUAAUAGUUGAAUUAUUGUAAUUAUUCAGGAGUUUACAUAGGAAUAUAAUGGAUGGAAAGAGAAACAAAAGUCCCACAAUGAAGCACUCAUCAGAUUUCAGAGAAACGGCGGAAAAUGACAUUUAUUUUGUACAGAAUGUAUUUACAGUGAUCUUUAAAUGUUUUGCUGUGUUGUGUGGACUCGGUAAAGAGUUUCAUUUGCACUGUGUAAAUAUUCAGCUUCUGUUUACUGCGGGAUCUCUACGGCGUGUUUUGAUGAAACUGACUCUCACUGAUCCUCCAUCACUCGCACAGAAACGUCACCUUUUCACCAAAGCGAACGGGAGAAAACUCUCUUCUUCAGUCACUCAACAGAAAAGUGUUGCCGAACCUGUUCAUAUUAUUGUGAAUUUGAUGUUCAUUGCAGAAUUUCGAGUGAAUAAAACAGUAAAAUCUGAAAAA